AUGGCAAGUGAAAAAAAUAUUUUUGGUCAAACAAAUGAAUCAAACUUACAUAAGGUCAUACGCAGAGUUGAAGAAAUAUGGAAUCGUCGUUUCAUGCAUUCCAAUUGUGUUUUAAAUAAUACAAAUAAAGGACAAAUAUCAAAAAAGUCAACUAAAGAUGGAAGAAUUAUCUCAAUUAUUAAUAAAAAUAUUUAUCCUAUAAAAAAUUCCAUUAUUCCAAAAAAACGCACGUAUCGAAAAACGAAUAAAAAUGAUAAAAUUAUUCCAGAAAAAUUGAAUAUGAUGCAGCAAAGAGAAUUCGGAACACUUUUUCAGAAUGAAAAAUCUGAAAAAUAUAAAAAUGAAAUUUUAAAUUCAACAGAAAAAAAAAAUAUAGCAAUUUCAAAAGACAAUCCGCUAUUAAUAUCAGCUGAUUUGUUAGAAAAGAGUUUUCAUAAGAAAAAUUUGGAACGCAACAAAUCCGAAAUAAAAAAACAACUUUUUGAGAUAUCUUCUAAUACUACUGCUCGACCAAAUUUAAAAAGAAAUUCAUCCGAAGAAGAUGAAAAAGUCAUAAAAAAGCCAAAAGUUAGUUCUAAUCCUUUGACCUUAAAUACGCCGAAUGACGUAAAUUUACUUGCUCUGUCCACUAUUGAAGUAAUAAAAGUACCAGAGAAAGAAAAAGAAGUAAUGCAAGAUCAGAACACAAAAUCUCUUGAUCAGUAUAAUGCACCUUUAUUUAAAUCGCCCACAUCAUGGUAUACUUCAAACACAAUUAAUGAGUACAUUAAAAUGAUAGUAAAACGGUCAGAAGGUCAAGUUUAUGCAGUUGUCACUGAUUUUAUUGUAGCGUAUCUUCGAGGAGGUUAUCCAGCUGUAAGAAGAUGGAUAAAAAAAGAUAUUCACACAAUAAAAUUACUUUUUGUGCCCAUGAAUGUAUAUGAGAGUCAUUGGAUAUUGACAGUGGUUAAUAUACCUGAAAAGACUGUGACAUCAUAUGAUAGUCUUAAGUCGUAUGAGGGUCCUUAUCCAAUGGUAUUAAAAAAUUUCUUAAUUGAAUGGGAGAUGGACAAAAAAGGAAAAGCUUCUACAUGGACAUUACAAAUAGGCGAGACAUCUCGCCAAACCAAUGGACAUGAUUGUGGGCCAUUUACUGUUGAGCUGGCAGAAAAAAUGUCUCGAGGAGAUACAACACCAAUAAAUGCAAAUUUUAUGCCUUUUAUAAGAUUAAGACACAAAAAUGAAAUUAUUGCUGGCGAGCUAUUCAAUUAAUAUUUUUAUGAAUGAAAUUUUAUUUUUG